AUGGGUCACCAACUAAGCACAAUUUUCACCAGUUUAGGUAGAUUCUUUGAAUAUCCUGUUAAGAGGAAACCGAUAUGUUUCUAUAGACAAGAAGAUUUUACUGCUACAGGCGAACCACAGAGAAAAGUGUCAGAAACAGUAAAGACGCCCAUGACCGACUACGAUAAGCUGGUGGAACUGUUCUACAAGCGCCUGGCGGAACAGCGGCAAUACAAUCAAGAAAUGAAAGAGCAAGACCGUCGUUGGAGUAUGCAAAAAGUUGUGGAGCGGUUUUCAGGAUGGAACGAAGUCACCAUCGCCAAUCUGCAUAGCUUGUUUCUGCUCUUCGACAACCAGUCAAAUGGAAUGCUCGGUUUUGAUGACUUCUGUGCGGUUCUAGAAAGUCUAGGCGACGAAACCUCCAUGGAGAUACGAAAAGAGAAAUUUAACGCAGCAGAUACGGAUAAUGAUGGCUGGAUUACCUACGACGAGUUCUUAUCCCUGGUUUACAACUUCAGUCCUCAAGAGAAAGGCCAGCUGACGGGGCUGGCGCUUCUUUGCAACGAAGUUGCUGAGAAUAUUCAAUUCGUCAGCAAUUUGACAGUUGGAGAGCAGUUGGAAUAUGGAUUGUUUUAA